AUGAAAAUCACCAAUGCGCCCUCUGUCGGCGCAAACAACGAGGUCAUUGUGACGUAUACCGCCGAGCCCGGGGACCCCCAGUCGUUCUUUUUCGAGAUCGUGGUUCAGAAUAGUUGGAGGCAGGAUGUCGCAGGCAAACAGGCGUUCUCUGGCAGUGGAUCGUUCAGCACCGUGCCAGGCUAUGUAGGAACACAUUAUAUAGAGGCGUAUGAUUCGUCGGCGGUAGUCGGAGAGACCACACCAUUCGCAACUGGCCCGGCGUAUGAAGUUUUAAGCCCUGGCUCGCCACCAACAAUGGUGUCCACUCCCCUUUCAUCGACCGUUGGAUCAGUUACUACUUCAAAGCCCACACAGACACAAGGUCAGGUACCUCCGACCAAAACCCAAGGGAUCAGCACGAGUGCCAUUACAACCAGCGCGGAGCCGAUCGGCGCCAACCUGAAUCUUCCCGGAACUACUGUUGUGGUUGAAUCUGCCACCACUACCAUCAGCGCCGACAGAUCUAUUGUGGCUUUAGCUCUUACCACUACGACUGAGAAGGAAGCCGGUGUCGGAGGUACAAGUACCGGAAUUCCAUCUCUUCCACAAACGCUUUCCCACUCACGACGCAAUAUCGGCGCGCUUAUUGGUGGGACAGUUGCAGGAGUUAUUGGAUUCGCUCUCCUCCUUGCUUUAUGCUGGCGAUGGCGUUAUCGGAAGCGUCACGCUCAGUUCAUGCUUGAAGAUGGGACGAUUUUUUCGCCAACGGUAGCGCCGUUCCUCGGAUUCACGGUCCCGGCCUCCGACGAGAAAUCAUCUUCUCGCAAAGGAUUUGUCCGUCUCAGCGAGUCAAGCUCGGCUAUGCCGUCUAGCAUGGUUGCCGUUGGCUCUCACACAUCGAUGACGAGCAUGUCCACGAUAUCGCGGUUCAGCAGCGACACAGGCUCUCUGACCUUGUUGUCACCCGUAUCGACCCGCUCGUUGGACUCCCCAGUCAUGUUUGCCGCAAUGCCUGUGGGCACCCAAAUGGAGUGGGUCUUGCGCCCCACAAACGACCCGCCUCCAGGGUACUCUGCCGGCCAUGUGUGA